AUGCCACCUGAUCAUCAUGGCAAACAACAGAUGAUUCAGAAGUGUCAAGAAUACUAUAGAGGUAACAGGAAAGAACUGAAACUCAUUCAAGACUUUAACGAUACCUACCAACGAGAUGAUGCUAUUCGAUGGUAUACAAAACAGUCGUUUGUAUAUAAACUCAUCAACAAAGCUCUUCGAACAGAAGAUAUCGAACAGCUGUAUCUGUUUCGAUUCUUCAUCGUUGAUCUUUGUUCAUGCCUUGCACAAGAAUAUGAGAAAAUGAAACAGCGAGAAAAGAAUGUGCUCCGAGUAUAUCGUGGUGUCAAUUUGUCGAGUGAGGAAUUUGAGAAACUAAAAGAGAACGAAGGUAAACUGAUUUCGACAAAUGGCUUUCUCUCAACCAGUCGUUCUCGUGAAGUAGCUUUGCAUUUUGCAGGUGAAUCAGCAAAGCAUCGGGAUGAAGUUGGCGUUUUGUGUGAGAUCGAGUGUGAUUUGAAUGACCUCAAUGAUGCUAUUACGGUAGCUGACAUUGCCCACUUCAGCAGUUUCGCUGAUGAAGAGGAAGUGCUGUUUGAUUUAGGUGCCACGUUCGAGAUAUGUUCUGUUUAUCGAGAAGAGUCGAAUGUUUGUGUUGUAGAAAUGAGCGCGACUGGUAAAGGAAGAGAGACCGCCAAAGAGUAUAUAAAAUUGAACAGAAAAGAGUUGGAAGAGACGAGUGCUCUGGUGAUGUUUGGUAGACUUCUGUGUGACAUGGGACAAUACGACAAAUCCCAGAUGCACUUUGAGACUCUGCUGCGAAAUCCAGGAGUAGAGGAUAUCGCUAACAUUCAGUUUAGCCUUGGGCGUGCUCAUGACCUCAAAGGCGAAUAUGCUAAAGCACUGAAACUGUACGAGUCCGCGUACGAGAUCAUAAUCAGCUCACGGCAACCACGUGUCAAACAGUCAGCCAGUGUACUUAAUAAUAUUGCCAAUAUUUAUCGUGUUAAAGGCGAGUAUGAUCGUGCAUCGGAAUAUUAUGAGAGAAGUCUAACGAUAAGAGAAAAAUGUUUGCGAGCUGAUCAUCCAGAGAUUGCUACCAGUCUGAACAAUAUUGCGGGCGUUUAUACAGAUCAAGGCGAGUAUGGUCGUGCUUUGGAAUAUUAUGAGAGAAGUCUAAAAAUAAGAGUAAAGUGUUUCCCAGCUGAUCAUCCAUAUAUUGCCACCAGUCUGAAUAAUACUGGCCUAGUUUAUUCCAGAACAGGCGAGUAUGAUCGUGCUUUGGAAUAUUAUGCAAGAAGUCUAAAGAUAAGAGAGAAAUGUUUGCCAGCUGAUCAUCCAGAUAUUGCCACCAGUCUGAGUAGUAUUGCUGGCGUUUACAGUCACAAAGGCGAGUAUGAUCGUGCUUUGGAAUAUUAUGCAAGAAGUCUAAAGAUAAGAGAGAAAUGUUUGCCAGCUGAUCAUCGAGAUAUUGGCACUAGCCUGAAUAAUAUUGGCGCCGUUUAUGCAGAUAAAGGCGAGUAUGAUCGUGCUUCGGAAUAUUAUGAGAGGAGUCUACAGAUAAGAGAAAAAUGUUUGCCAGCUUAUCAUCCAGAUAUUGCCACCAGUCUGAAUAAUGUUGGCCUAGUUUAUUUCAGAAAAGGCGAGUAUGAUCGUGCUUCGGAAUAUUAUGAGAGAAGUCUAACGAUAAGAGAAAAAUGUUUGCCAGCUGAUCAUCCAGAUAUUGGCAUUAGUCUGAAUAAUAUUGGUGCCGUUUAUGCAGAUAAAGGCGAGUAUGAUCGUGCUUCGGAAUAUUAUGAGAGAAGUCUAACGAUAAGAGAAAAAUGUUUGCCAGCUUAUCAUCCAGAUAUUGCUGUCACGCGGGAUGGUAUUGAGCAAGUUUAUGGCAGAAAAGGCCAUUAUAAUGUUAAGGGUAGCAGGUGUUAA